UGGGAUGUUCGCGACAAUGUCCUUCCAGAGAGUUCGGCAGUUGAGGGUUUUGAAGUUCCUUUGGUUGGAUAGUUGGAUUCAAAGGAAUGUCUCUCCAUUGUCACAACUCUGCACCAAAGCAAAUAAUGUCAAGAAGCCUGUCAGAUAUACAAGUAUAAAGAAGGCAAAACCAAAAACUAUAAUCGAUAUUGCCAAAUUACUGCAGCAAAAGGCCAAGGAGACCAAAGAGAAGAAACAAUCAGUGAUCACUGCUUCUGCAUUGAAAGCUGCUACUAGUUCAACCAAACAGGCUACACCAGAUAAAUUGAAUGACCGGAGUGAUGCCAAAGAAAUUAUUUCCAAUGCAAAAAUUCAAACUUCUGCCAGCACCCUUCCAGCAAAAGAUGCUGUGGAUAGUUAUUCAGCACCUGACACUGCCAUAGUCGAUUCUUCUGUGAAUUUUGCAUAUUCAAAAGAUGUUGACCAAAUAGCCACGGAAGGUCUGCAUAAUAAGACAUACACUGAAAUAAUGAAUGCAAAAGAUGCAGCACCCCAAGCUGUUGAGUCAGCUGUAGAAUCGCCCACAAUUAAUGCUCCACAAGAGGCUUCAACUCAAGGAGAGAUGACUACAAAUAUCAGUCAAGUUUCUGAGCUAAACUAG